ACGAAGAGUAUAAAAGGCUUGUCUUUUUCAUACCAACUUCAUAAGUAUUUCUAUACGCUUAACAAAAUGAAGCUGUUCGUUGUUUUCGCAUUGUUUGUGGCCACGGCCUCUGCCGGCCUUCUCAACCCAUUUGAGCGUCCUGUGCAUCCACGCGAUUUGCCAGUAAUCUUUGAUCAGCAACAAGGUCGUAUUACCAAUGGCCAGACUGCCAGCGAAGGUCAGUUCCCUUACCAGGUGGGCUUGAGUUUCACUAGCAGCAGCGGUAGUUGGUGGUGCGGUGGUUCCAUCAUUGAUAACAACUGGGUUUUGACUGCUGCUCACUGCACCAGCGGUGCUACUAGUGUGACUCUUUACUUUGGUGCUACAGCACGUACCAGCCCAAAGGCCACCCAAACCAUUACCAGCGGCAACUUCAUUCAACACGCCAGCUACAAUGCUCAGGUUUUGAGAAACGACAUUUCGCUUAUUAAAGUCGCUUCGGUAUCCUUCAGCUCUUACAUCAACAAAAUUGCAUUGCCUAAAAUCUCCUCUUCAUACUCCACUUACUCUGGCCAGAGUGCCACUGCUUCCGGUUGGGGUCUGGUCAGCGACUCUGCUACUGCCGUCAGCUCUUCGUUGCAGUACGCUAGUUUACAAGUGAUUGAUAACUCGGUUUGUGCCAAUACCUAUGGUUCACUAGUAGUUACCUCAAGGACUAUUUGCACUGCCACUCCAUCUGGCACCUCCACAUGCAGCGGUGACUCUGGUGGUCCGUUGGUUUCGGCAUCGUCUGGUGAGCUUAUCGGUGUUACCUCAUUUGUUUCUAGUGCCGGUUGUCAAUCGGGUUCUCCAGCUGGUUUUGUUCGCGUUACUGCCUACUUGGACUGGAUCAAGGAGAACAGUGGUGUGUACUCCUCCUAAAAUCUGAUUGAUUGUGAUUGCGAUCUAAA